AGAUCGAUUAAAAGCUUAGAGGCAUAUUCAUCACUCGUCUCCCGCAUGCGAUCUUUCAGCGACAAUUCAAAAUUAUCUUCUAUUGGUGGUGGACUGGAAAAGUUGCAGGGUGGUCUUAAGGAAGAGACCUACUUUCAAACUCAAAAUUAUGAUCUUAUUAACAAAAUUCGUGAACAAGGUUCUAAAUUGAAAUGUGAAAGUUGCAUAAACGAAUGGCCAGCAUUCGAAAAGGUCUUGGAGUCGGCGGUGCCCACGAAAACAGCUCUGCGAGAAUCAUGUUCGGUGAAUAGACACAAGAAUUGCUUGGAGGAGGCCUUCUUUUUGGAGGAGCAAAAUGAUUGUGCUAAAAUUAUUAAAGUCAAACUAUCAGAAGAAUCCAAAGAGAGUAUGGUACAAUUUGAAAUUCAAACCAAAUGUAAGCAAAUGCAGGAGUAGGUCAUGAAAAUCGAAAAAUCCUCCAAUUUGAGAAGAGUAUUAAAAACUAAAUUUGUUCUUCAUAUAAUUACGAACCACAUACGGAACAGACUAAUUUAUAUAUUUUCUCGAUUUAUAAACAUAUAUGUGCUUACUCUGUAAGCUAAGGGAAAUUGUUAAAAUUAAUUCGAUUUGUAAAUUAAAUUUCAAUUGCCAAUAAUUGACAUAGUAAUUCUACUAUCCAAUAAACUACAAUAUUUUUGUCUGUGUAACUUGAGGAUCAUCAUUAAAAAUUACCUCGUGCCAACGAA